AUGGCCCCCAAAGGUUUCACUCUGCUAGCCGCCCUUGCUGUCUCUGGCGGCACCACUGGGUCGAGCGGCGGUGCUGCGAAUGCUACCGGUGACAUCGACUUGAGCUGGCAUGCGCCUGCGCAGACCGAGGUCAACAACCUCACUGCCGUCAUAAACAGCAAGGGUGUUUGGGGCUUUAUUUACGACACCUCUGAGACCCCCGACGACAAGUACGGACAGUACAACUGGUGCAACAUGCCCCAUGUGCGCAAGACGGAGUAUUUACAGCCUUCGGACGAGUACGAACUCAAAUACGUGGAGCUAGUCCAUCGCCACCAUAAGCGCACGCCUUACGUCCUCAACGCCUUCCCCGUGGAACCGUACCAAUGGAAUUGCGAUGACCAGGGCCUCUUUUACUAUGGGGAGCCCUUCUCUAGUCGCAACAAGCCGGCAAAGAUGUACUGGAAGGUCUACAUCUCCCCCGUUAACCCCUUCGUCCCCGUGGGCUGGAUCGGCACCUGCCAGUUCCCCCAGAUCACCGCCCAGGGCCUCGACGACUCGUGGCUCCACGGUGCUGACCUCUACGGCGUUUAUCACGACCUCCUCGGCCUCCUUCCCUCCCGCGACGCCGUCAACUCCCCCGAUUGGCACCGCAAGGUCAAGUACCGCGUCACCAACAAUCAAAUCACCAGCCAGGUCGCCGGCAUGGUCGUCAACGGCAUGUGGGCUACCACCGACUCUCUUCAGCUCAGCACCCAGGCCGCCGGCGUUGACUCCCUCGAGCCGCAGUACUCCUGCCCCGCCGGCGCCUCCCUCUUCAACCGCAUCAAGUCCGCUUCGAACGCCGCAUGGGCACAGCAUCUUGCCGCCGCCGGCCCGCUGUAUGAAGCGCUCGACGACAUCUCGGGCGUUCCUGCCGAUGAUGGGGGCUUCCACACCUCUCUGGAUCGCUACUAUGACAACCUUUCGGCGCGCCAGUGUCACGACAAGCCCUUGCCGUGCAAGCUUGUGGACGGCGUCAACAGCACCACCUGCGUCACUCAGGAUCUUGUCGAUGCCGUCUACCGUCUAGGACACUGGGAGUACUCACAGAUCUAUCGCGACGCCCCUGACUCUCUUGCCGCCAGUGUUGCGACGUGGGGCGUCUGGAUCGCCGAGCUCGCCGCACAUCUUCGUGCUGUUAUCAAGGGGGAAAGCGAGACGAUCUACUUUCACAACGUCGCCCACGACGGCUCCGUCUCCCGCCUGCUAUCGAUCCUGCAGCUUGACCACAUGGUCUGGCCCGGCAUGGGCUCCGAGGUCGUGUUUGAGUUGUACAAAAAAAAGGCAGUCGAUGGUGGGAACCCGCCGGCGCCGGCCACGACGUCUGUUGUAGUUGCGCCGGGGGCCGGUGCCGGGGAGAGCGGCUGGUACGUGCGGGUCCUCUGGAGCGGCCAGGUUUUCAAAUCGUCCAACCCGACGUUGGGCCUCAUGGAUAUGAUCCCCGUUGAGACGCUACUGGCCUACUUUGACGGGCUGGUGGGGGAGAACGCCAGCCUCGUCAAGGGCAAAUGCAGCGCUUGA